CUGUCAGUCACCGGAGGGACGCCAAGCACAGCCACACCUUCCUGCGAGUAAAUAAACGCAGCGAGUUCGAGUCCAGCCCAGAUAAAACGGUAUUGGAUUGCCAAGCAUUUUGAAGUGGACGGACAAUUAAAAGAAUAGUAACAGGGGGAGAUACGAAACCAGAAGAGAAAACGACGCCAAUAUUGCAGUUAGGCAGUUGUCCCCAGUUAUUGAUAACCUGGCACAGAGCUGCUGUGGAAUGAUGCAAGGGAUCGGUAUGGUCGAUAAAAACAGCACCGGCAUGCGCCGUCUCAAGCAGUGGUUAAUCGAUCAGAUUGACAGCAAUCAAUACCCAGGCUUGGUGUGGGAUGAUGAGCAGAAAAUCACCUUUCGGAUUCCCUGGAAACACGCCGGGAAACAGGACUACAACCAGGAGGUGGACGCAUCGAUCUUCAAAGCUUGGGCUGUCUUCAAAGGAAAAUACAAAGAAGGUGAGAAGGCAGAGCCUGCCACAUGGAAGACAAGGUUGCGCUGUGCACUCAACAAAAGUCCAGAUUUUGAAGAAGUGACCGAUCGUUCUCAGCUCGAUAUCUCAGAACCAUAUAAGGUUUAUCGAAUUGUUCCUGAAGGACAGCAAAAAUGUAAAUUUGGCAGCCACCCCAAUGACCAAGGCGAUGUCACUGACAUGGAUUGCAGUCCACCUGGCUCAAAUGAACUUAUGAAGGAGGUUAUUGUGGAUUAUAAUGCCAUAAUAAAGAGAAGUCAUUCUCCACCACAGGAGGACUGUACAAGUCAACCACAGCAUGAUUGGUGGGGGCGACAAACCAUUGAGGUUACAGAUUCCUCGAUGCUGUAUUACGCCAAUAGCUUUGGACCCAUGCAACCCAAUUCAGGGUUUUGCCAAAUGAUUAUCACCUUUUACUAUGGAGGAGUUCCAAUGUCCCGGAUUCCCAUACGACGAUUAGAUGGCUGCAGAAUCACCGUACGCCAUGCUCCCAUCACCAACGAGGCCAUAUUCGGGCCAGAAAGCAUGGAACAGGUUCUGUUCCCCCCCACAAAAAAUAUCAUGAACCCUCGGCAACAACAAGUUACAAAUAAACUCUUGACUCACCUUGAGCGUGGGGUGUUGCUACUCAGCAACAACGAGGGCAUCUAUAUCAAAAGGCUCUGCCAAGGCAGGGUUUUCUGGAGCGGCCCCUGUGCGCCUUUUGCUGACAGGCCGAACAAGCUGGAGAGAGAUGCGAUUGUGAAGCUUUUUGACACAAAGCAGUUUUUGCAAGAUUUGCAACUUUACACAGAGAACCCCCAGUGUGUCCUUCCGAAUAACAAAGUGAUUAUUUGCUUUGGAGAAGAGUUUCCUGACAUGAAACCCAUCAACAAAAAAUUAAUUAUAGUGGAGAUUGAACAGGUGAAAACAAAGCAGAUUUUGCAGGCUGUGCUUCAGUCCAGGAAUUACGAUAACAAUAUCCACCUUCAAAUUUCCAAUGAAACAGCAGAGGACAAAUUGUCAGGGAUUCUUCAUGAACUUUGCAUGAAUAGUUACGGUUACCCAAGACCUGCCUUCAGCGAAAACCAGCAAAUAAGCUGAAAAUAAUAAAUUCAACUCUCUGCUUCUGUGACCUAAGGACGUUUGUGUAAGUUGGUGGCAUUAAAUAAAAAUGCUCUUUGCUGGUUGUCAGUAGUGUUGCUAAGGGACUCCGAGUCUCUAAUCAUUCUUGUUGGCUGAAUGCCGCUUUGCACUGCAAUUAAUAUUUUUUGUAACAAUAUUACAUUUUGUAAAAUAAUCAUAUAUUUUAUACAAGUUUAUUUUUCACUGUGAAAACCAAUUUAAUAUCCAUAGGAGUUUAUAGCAAAGGGACUGAACACGCAUCUACUUGCAACACUGUUCAUUACUGUCAUGACACUUACUAUGUAAGAAAUAUUUAUUAUCUACAGAAUAAUGGAUGUCUAAGAGGGAGUUGCAUAAAUUCAUUUUAAUGGUUAAAAAAAAGACCAUAAAUCUAGUUUAUAAAUUCUACCUGUGUAUAAGGUGCUCCACAAUUUUGUUAUUAUUUUGGCUUUUAAAGAAAACAGGAUGUAUGGUUGUGUAAUCUGCAAAUUUAUAUUUUAUGUUGUACAGUAACUUGCAGUUAUUUUGUAAUUUUCUACAGUAGCUACUGAUGUUAGUUGUGAUAGCAGAAGUACAGCCUGAGUUGAGCAUAAUCAGGCCUGGUUCCAUAAAUUGACUUAAAAAAAACAGGCAUGUGCUUAUUUAAUGACCUUGCAUGAUCUGAGGACGUUUCAAAGUGCUUUACAUCCAAUGAAGUGCUUUUUUUCUUUAGCUAUUGUCGCUGUUGAAAUGCAGGAAACACAGCAGUGAACAUGUGCACAGCAAGCUCCUUCCAUUUAAGUUUUAUAAAUACGAUAAUGACCAGAUAAUAUGUUAGUGAUUGAGGAUAACGGAUAAACUGUAACCUGAACACCAGGGAGAACGCCCCUUCCCUUCUUUGACAUAGUGCCAUGGGAUCUUUUACAUGCACCUAAGGUCUCAGUUUAAUGGCACCUCUGAUAUUAGAGGACUUACUCAGUACUCCACUGAAGUAUCAGCCUAAAUCUUUUAGCUCAUGUCCCUAAAGUGGGACUUGAGCCUGUAACCCUCUGCUUCAGAGGAGAGAGUGCCACCAAAUGAGCCACAGCUAUCAGCUGAGUUAGGAGGCCAGCUACUACAGGUAUUGAAAUUAGUAACUUCUUAGAACUGGACAGGUUUCUGUAAUCUGUUCUAUCUUAUCUGCUAAAGCCAUCACAAAUAUACUUUAGACUUAAUUUAUUCUGCUAGUCAGCCUAAAGGCCAAGGUAAAAUAGUAAGAAAAUAUAUUGGUUGAUUGAAACCAAGGAGCAAAUAACUUUUUCCUCAGGGAGUUGUUGGCAGUUCAGACAGUCGCUGCUAGGAAUAACAGACCUAGUUCUGGAAAGGUGUCUUUUUCUACCCUCCCCAUCCCAACCCCGCCCCCACCCCCACCCCCCCACACCCCACUGUCCCCUCCUCCAAUUCAUGUGCUAGACCCCCAUUGUACAUCAUCUCACAGUAAAUCUUCUAUUUAAAUUUUAUAAGGCCUUUCCCUCAGUCCCUCAAUUGACUGAUACCAGCUACUCUGAAACUCUACAAUUAUUAAAAUAUACAUAUUAAUUGGAGAUAAGUUCAUCAAUUUUGGGUAUUGUUGAUGGAUUGUGAUUGUUAAUUUUUACUCCAAUUUUAUAGAUUCAAAGAAUUAAAUUGAAGAUUCCAUGAAAAUAACUAGAUUUUCUGACCAGUCUGCGCACACACUUGGACUAUAUUGUUUUGAUAAUAUUUUAGCAUGCAUGUUAAUACUUCAGCUGAAAUAUUAAAAAAAUCAGACACAGGUGUUUAGUAUGGACACAUUAAGCAAAAAUAUUACAUAGAAUUUACAGCACAGAAAAAGGCCAUUCAUACCCAUACUGGUGUUUAUGUUCCACAUAUGCCUGUUCUUACCUUCGUUUCAUGGUAUCAGCCUACCAUUCUAUUUCUUUUUCCCUCAUGUACUUACCUAACUGCUCCUUAAAUGUAUCUAUGCUAUUUGCCUUAACUCCUCCCUGUGGCACGGAGUUCCUCAUUCUCACCACUCUCUGAAUAAAUAAGUUUCUCCUGAGUUCCUUAUUGGAUUUGUUAAUGGCUCCCGUAUAUUUGUGGCCCCUAAACUCUACCGCAACAUUGCCAGUCAGAGAGUAUACCCCAAACUUUAAACCAUCAGAUAAAAGCACCAAAUAACCAGAUCCGUGACUCAGUUAAUUGCCUUUAAGAUCAAAAGUAAAAACCAUGUUAACUUCUGGUGCAAAAGAAUUAACAAAAAGGUAUAGUCACCUCUCUGUGGUUCAGUGAGCAAUCUAAUUUGGCAAACCUGUGUCUAAACAUUGCUACAUGUUCAUGCUAAUGCUUGUACUAGUACAAGGAUUCUGUGUCUAAAUGCCUUGAUAAUCAGAUCAGUAAUGCUGAUGCAUUGGACAUAUUUUAGGAAUCAUUGCUUAGAAUAUUAUUUGCAAUUAAAGGGUCCAAUAUGCAGCCACAAAGAGAUUAGAAUUAUUCUGCAUGUGUGUGGGAGAGAAAAAAGUUUUUUCUUCUCUGUGUUGCCCCUGUCUCCUGCUCUCAAUGCAUGAUCCUUGAAGAAUCGAUGUUAAAUGGCCUUAUCUUCAGUGAAGCAACUUGGAACACCCCUUGUUACUGAGUUUUCUGAUCACCCAAAUGCCAAUAAAUGCACUACUCUGGCGGCAACAGUGCACACGAUUCAGUUGCCAUGACAUUUAACUGCUUUACACGGGUUGAACUGUCAUAGCCGGCCAUAGUAUGGAUUCGUGAGAUCCACAAUUCGGCUAGUUUGCAGGAAGGAUGACUGUGCUAGCAAUACAGAAAGUUUGAGCAGCUCCAUUUAAGCUACUCUCCUGAAACCUAUGCUGCAAUAUUAAAGCAGCUGCAAUGCGAUUGGAUCACCUGAUGUGUUCUCAGUUAAGUUAUGUGCACAAAUUGUUUCUAAAGUUAACUGUACUAUCUGUAGUUUUUGCUGUUGGGUGUGCUGAAAUGUGGCUUUGGUCCAGCACUGUUGUUACCGUGCUGAUAUCAUAAGGUUGCCAUUCAUAUCUUUUUAGAAAGUACCUAGACUUCAACAAUAUUUACUUGGUAAUAAUUGUUACUUCAUAUUGGCAUUGUAAAGGUGUCCUUAUUCUGCUCUUCACUGCUAAAAAGUACCUAGAUUUCAUCACCAUUAAUCAUUAGGAAUAACUGGUAUUCUGAGAAGAUGUUAUUGCUCCUCUCCUAUUUUAUUCAAAACUAGCUAAGAUCUUUCAGCACUUAUUCCCCCAGAUGAUUUUGUAUUUUACACUCAUUUCUUUAAGCUGUUCCCCUUUCUCUCUUCACCUCCAAGAUUUCCAAUCUCAAAGUAAGAAACCUAAUCUCUGAUUUGGAUUGGUGACUAAAGCAUGUAACUCAAAUCUCUCCCCCCAGUGGAUGAGGAAGUGAACAAUGAACCAUAUAGAAAGCCCCAGUCUUGAUCCACAGUUUGUGCUGAGCUAAUUGAUCUUGGUGGCAACAGCAGCACUAAACCUGGCCUUUCCGCCCUUGAUUUAAGGGGAAAUUGGCCAGAGUCCAUGUUCCUGAUCAUUAUCCAGUGACCCCUGCUGCUGGAAUUGCAUGUGCACUGGGUGAAGGAAGGAUCCAGCUUGGCUGUGAUGACCUCUCAAGUCAAAUAGUCUGCUAACACUUUUCUAUCAAGAUUCAAAUUUUUGAAUAUCAAACACUUUUACAAGGUACAAAGUCCCAGUGGAAGCACAGCUUUGUCAGGCUCCACCAAUAAAAAAGAGAGGACCAUGAGAGUGUAGAAACAAGCAAAAACACAAGUAGCAAAAUACCCUUUUACGAAGCAAUCAGCAUUCGGCAUCAGAGGCAAACAUUUAAACAAUAAUUAUAUGUGACUUUUAACUCCUUCCUAGCUAUUGAUUAUGUUUCAUAAUAUGCACAGAUGGUUUUUUUUUGUAAAACAAACUUUGGCCUGAUUUUUCAGAAAUAAUAAAACGACCCUGUUCUUUGCAAAGUGCAAGUGUGUGUGUGAUUUACGUUCCAACCGCACUCUGUCCGUCUCCAAGAAGGUGCGCAAAAUUUUAUUCAAUUAUAGUGGAGGGAACAUUGUUUACCUUGGCAACCAUUUCUCAGCUGUAAAUUCCUCUGAUCAUUCAGAAGUUCUUGAAAAGUGCUUCUCUCAUUGACUCUUGCUCUGACAGGGUAGAAUUUGUUUAGUAAAUAUGUAUUAAAAUAAAUUUCAUGCAGAUAGUCUUUUUUAUUGGUGUCAGGGGUUUUACGGUAUUUUAUAUUUGUAACAGUCUGUUCAGCAGGAAUUGGUUCCAAUUGCCUUAUGCCUGCUCGUCCCUUUGUUUCAGUGAUAUAAUGUUGUUCACCAGUGAGUUGAGUAAGGAUUGUAGGGCCAAACCUCCCAUUAACUGCUUCAUCAUGGCAUUAAGUUACUUUGAACAGGUCCAAGUUAGACUGGGGUUAGUGUGGGCUGGGGUGAGUGGGGAGUGGAAUUUGGCACCGGUAACUUCCUGGCUUCAGACAGGUUGUACUUCAUUGACAGUAGAGGAUGCUUGUCUUAAAUAUUUGUGAGUCAAAUUCAUCAUCGCGCACCAUACAAUUGAUACUGUGAUAUUCUAAGUCCCUCCCCCCCCACCCGCCUGUGCUAUAUGAGAUAAGGAAAUGGCUACUACUCUGUUUAUUGGAACUUUCUAAUGAGCAAAACAAAGAUAUUUUUAUUUUUUCUGUAAAUAGAAUGCUGUAAAUAAAGGUUAUCAUCAUCAAACUA